AUGUACGCAGGCUUCCUCACCAACCAAUUUUCCAAAAUCGGUGGCAUGAAAUCCGAGAACCUCGGCUACUUCAGGACCCAAUUCUAUCAAAAAGUCACCAGAACUUCCGACGACCUCCAGUCCACCACGCAAGUCACGGUGCAAAAGCACAGAUACCAGAAGGUCUCGAUACCCAGAACCCACUCAAGAGCGCCCAAGUUCCUGCAAAAGGGCAUCAUCUUCAUUUGGCCGCAGAAGAAGCGGCUGCACAGGAAGCAACAGCUGACUCUCUUCACAUGGGUACUGUCCCACAUGCUGUACUGGUUCUACACCAUGAAUCUCCUGCCAAGCGGAAGCGUGUUGCCUCUACAAGGGCCUCCUUGGAAAUACGAACCGCCAAUAAGGAAACCAGAGAAUAGGGACUAUAUCAUCGAGCCAGACUGGGACUCAAGGAAUUAUUGA